UUUUACAUAUAUAACUUGUCUUAUAUCAAAUUGUCACCAUGGAUUCCCACAAAUCUGCUGUAAAGGCGAGCUCCAUUAUUCUGGCGGGACUCGGAGUGGCAGCCGUGGGCUUUGCGGGUAAGCAUAUGCUGCGGCGCAUGCCCCAGAUGACCACCGCUUUCAACGAGGCCCUGAAGAACCUACCCAAGUUCGAUGCCGAGAGCAUGGCUGCUUCGAAGUACUACAAGGGCGGCUUUGAUCCCAAGAUGAACAAGCGUGAAGCGGCCCUCAUUCUGGGCGUCAAUCCGAGUGCCUCCAAGCUAAAGGUUAAGGAUGCACACAAGAAGAUCAUGCUGCUGAAUCAUCCGGAUCGGGGUGGCUCCCCCUAUCUAGCGGCGAAGAUCAACGAGGCCAAGGACUUUAUGGACAAUGCCAAAUAACUGUCGGCAGGGCUCCCGCUGCCGUCUCCGAGUGUAAAUAAAAUAGUUUGUGUUUAGCAUGUAAAAA